GUAAACUCAGCUCGGGAUGCAGAUGGUGUGAGUCAGUGCAAGCUGCUGGACCUGUUGCGUGCACUAGAGUACAGGCGUAGGAAAAGCAGGGAGAGAUUUGUACUUGUCUACUUUAUUAUGGGUUUACUGAGAGCACAUCCGCUUCUAGAAGUCAUCCUGGGCUUCAUUUGCAUGAUGAAUGAACAUCCCUUUUUUUUAAGCUCCUAAAAGAGGAAGUUAGUAGUAGCUUGCUUGGCUCACGUGCUGUGCUUGGAGUGAAAUGAUCUUUAGACUGGAGCUGUUGCUCGUCAUUGUGGAAUAGCCCUCAGAUAACGAAGGAACUUUCCCAGAGUAGUCUAGUCCAUACUGAUGGUCAGGAUCAACUGAAGAGCAUCUAUGCCCUCAGGAGAUGUGUGGUGGUACAGCAAACAGUACAAACUGGCCAGUAGGCCAACAGGAGUCAGCCAGAUGUGUGACCAAUGCCACUUUUGGUGCUGGGAGGAUUUUCAAGACACUUGUAUGUGCAAAGAUUCCAAAAUGUGCCAGAGGAGGACGGAACACAAAUUCCACAGUGUUCAACCACAGUUGGUCGUGUUCGGAGUUUGACUUGAGUGACAUUCGUCUGCUGGUGUACCAGGACUGUGAGAGGAGAGGCAGACAAGUCAUGUUUGAUUCCAGAGCCGUUCAGAAGAUGGAAGAGGCAGCAGCUCAGAAAGCAGAGGAUGUCCCUGUUAAAAUGUCAGCCAGAUGCUGUCAGGAAAGCGGCAGUGUCAGCAGCAGCAGCAGCACCAGCAGCAGCAGCAGCAGCUUUUCUCAUAGCUUUGGAGGAUCUUUACAGCACGCUAAGGAGCAGCUUCCACGGUACCAGUACACGAGACCAGCAUCUGAUGUCAACAUGCUUGGGGAAAUGAUGUUCGGCUCGGUUGCAAUGAGUUACAAAGGCUCCACCCUGAAGAUACACUACAUACGAUCUCCUCCACAACUGAUGAUUAGUAAAGUCUUUUCUGCUCGAAUGGGUAGCUUCUGUGGAAGUACAAAUAACCUGCAGGACAGCUUCGAAUGCAUCAACCAAGAUCCUCAGGCUGGAAAACUGAACACGAGUCAGAACAGUUUGGGUCCUUUCCGUACCGGAAGUAACCUAGGUUUGCUGCAGGCGUGCAGCGGCAAACUGCUGCAGGGGUUGUCUGAAGGAGGACCUCUCCGGCUCACCCGGAGCGCUUCUUUCUUUGCAGCACACAGCACACCUGUGGAUAUGCCAAGCAGAGGGCAGAAUGAAGACAGGGACAGUGGCAUUGCUCGAUCAGCUUCACUGAGCAGCCUUUUGAUCACACCCUUCCCGUCUCCGAGCUCCUCUACAUCCUCUUCCAGCAGUUACCAGCGCCGCUGGCUUCGAAGUCAGACGACGAGUUUGGAAAAUGGCGUCUUUCCAAGGAGGUCAACUGAUGAGGCAUUUAGCUUGGCUGAAGAAACGUGUAACUCUAAUCCAGCCAUAGUUAGACGGAAGAAGAUUGCCAUCAGCAUCAUCUUUUCCUUGUGUGAGAGAGAGGCAGCACAGCGGGAUUUCCAGGACUUCUUUUUCUCCCACUUCCCUCUGUUUGAAUCUCACAUGAACAGGCUGAAGAGUGCUAUUGAAAAGGCCAUGAUCUCCUGUAGGAAGAUCUCUGAAUCAAGUCUCCGGGUCCAGUUUUAUGUGAGCCGUCUGAUGGAAGCACUAGGAGAAUUCAGAGGGACUAUCUGGAACUUAUAUUCUGUUCCAAGGAUAGCUGAACCAGUAUGGCUUACCAUGAUGUCAAACACCUUGGAAAAAAACCAACUCUGCCAGCGCUUUCUCAAGGAAUUUAUACUUCUGAUUGAACAAGUCAACAAAAACCAGUUUUUUGCUGCCUUACUGACUGCGGUGUUAACCUACCACCUGGCCUGGGUGCCCACUGUCAUGCCUGUUGACCACCCUCCCAUUAAAGCCUUCUCGGAGAAGCGUACCUCUCAGUCAGUGAACAUGCUGGCCAAAACACAUCCAUAUAAUCCUCUCUGGGCACAGCUGGGUGAUCUUUACGGAGCUAUAGGCUCUCCAGUGAGACUGACUCGCACCGUGGUGAUUGGGAAGCAGAAGGAUUUGGUCCAGCGCAUUCUUUAUGUUCUGACCUACUUUCUCCGUUGCUCUGAACUGCAAGAGAAUCAGCUGACCUGGAGUGGGAGUCAUAAUGAGGAUGACCAGGUUAUAAAUGGGAGCAAGAUUGUAACCGCCUUGGAAAAAGGAGAGGUGGAAGAGUCUGAAUAUGUGGUAGUUACAGUGAGCAAUGAGCCUGCUCUGGUACCACCAAUCCUACCAGCAGGGACAACUGAGAGGAGGAGCCCUGAGCCUACAGUAGUAGCUGAAGGCAUUAAUACUGAUGACUUGGGUCACAAACCUGAAAAAAACAGAUGCAAGAGGCCAGAGCAGAAUUCUGAGGCCAGUAGCAUGGGGUUCCAAGAGGCAGAACCUGACAGUUGGCAUGAACCUCAAGGCAUAUUCUGUGAACAUAAACAGAAUGACCAAGAGGAAGCCCAAGAUUGUUCUUCAAGUCCUCCCAGCUGUGAGGUGCCCAGGGUAAGAAGAAGAAUGGACCACCAGACCUUCCACUCGGGGCUGCAUGGGGAGAUGCUAAAGAAGCGAGCAGAACAGUCAGCAGCCUGGCCCUGCCCUCACAGACAUUCCCAGGAGGAUCCUCCUGUUGAAAAGGUCACCUUCCACAUUGGAAGUUCCAUCUCCCCAGAGUCUGACUUUGAAAGCCGCACUAAAAGAAUGGAGGAGCGCUUAAAGGCCUGUGGACAUUUCCAUGGGACCAGUGCCUCUGCCAGGUCUAGCUUGGACACUGACCUGACUCAAGACCAGCAGGGCUCUGGGUGCUCCUUCAAAGCUAACUUUCAAAAGGACAUCAUGCCUCAGGACCACUCUUCAGAGGGAGAAGAUGUCUCUGAGGACAGAGGCCUCCAAGCCAGCAUGGCACAUGCUGUGGGACAACCUAGCCAAGUCGAUGGCUCCCUUGCACAUUCCAUUUGUGCAGGAGGAGGUAGCCAGAGACUUCCGGCACAGACUAGAGAUGUGCAAUUAAAAGGUGACAAAGGACCUUCAUCAGAGCCUGUUCCAAACAGAUGUAGGCAGCAGGGUGGCCUGCUGAUUGCUGCAGAUGUCCCCUAUGGGGAUGCCAGUAGUAAGGUCAACUACAGGAGCGAAGGAGACAUUCCCAGGAAUGAAAGCUUGGAUAGUGCUCUUGGAGACAGUGAUGAUGAAGCGUGUGUUUUAGCCCUGCUAGAACUAGGUCACAGUUGUGACAGGACUGAAGGGUCCUUGGAAGUGGAGCUGCCUCUGCCAAGGUCUCAGAGCACCAGCAAGCCAAAUGUUAGGAAUUUUGGCCGCUCACUUCUGGCAGGUUACUGCGCCACGUACAUGCCUGAUUUGGUGCUGCAUGGAACCAGCAGCGAUGAGAAGCUGAAGCAGUGCCUGGCAGCUGAUCUGGUCCACACGGUGCAUCAUCCAGUGCUCGACGAGCCCAUAGCCGAAGCUGUCUGUGUCAUUGCAGACACCGACAAGUGGACUGUCCAGGUAGCCACAAGUCAGAGGAAAGUGAUGGACACCAUGAAGCUGGGCCAGGAUGUCUUGGUCUCUAAUCAGGUGUCCAGUUUACUUCAGUCCAUCUUACAGCUCUAUAAGCUUCACCUCCCUGCUGAUUUUUGCAUCAUGCAUCUGGAAGACAGACUACAGGAGAUGUACCUUAAAAGUAAAAUGCUUUCAGAGUAUCUCCGGGGACACACACGUGUGCACGUGAAAGAGCUGAGUGUGGUGUUAGGGAUUGAAUCCAAUGACCUGCCUCUGCUGACUGCCAUCGCCAGCACUCACUCUCCGUAUGUGGCACAGAUCCUCUUAUAGCCAACUGCAGGACAGUUCUCAUUGAAAAAUGAGCCAGGAAGGAGGAAGCGCUCAGUGAUGGCAGAGGCGUGAGAACACGGAGCAGUCGCCCCUUGUUGUUCAUGUGGCUGCUGCCUAGUGGCUCUUACGUUGGGAGGCUUGUGUUUACUCUAUGCAGUGGCAAUUUGUGAUUGUUCAGGAACACUCUGAGCCAUUGUCACCCAGGAGUCAAAAGAAAGUAACCUUUCUGGCGGGAGGGAAAUGUAAGCAACACUGUCAAACUAGGCAGACGCCCCCAUGCUGUUGGGGAGAAUACUGAGGGCUGACUCAGGAGUAAGGGUAACCAAUGUCUACAACAUUCCAGUAGGAAAGUGUUUCCUGUUCAAGCAUGAGAGAGCAUGAAGGGUCACUCUAAGACCGAGCUGUGGCUUCUGGGGCAGAGCUUUUCUGUGAACAUGGACCUAAAGAAAGCCAUGUUGUGCCACGGUCAGCUUGGAGCCGCAGCAGCUACUGUUGGACACAGGAUGUGGAAGAGGAUUGCCUAUUGAGAAGAGAGUGCUCCAGAGACCUACGGCUGUCACUUCUCAGAGCUUCCUGUGGUUCCAGUACAGCCAAGGCAGGCCUGAGAGGGACUGCUGGUGCAGUAAGCUCAGGAUUCAGUGUAGCACCCUGUUCGGUCAGGUGUUUUGGAGUACAUAGUCUGACACUGGGUACUCGUCUCUGGCUUUCGUGUCUUUAGCCUUCUCCAGAAAGACCUUUUACCAAAGUUGUUUCCGUGAGCUCAGGCGAUGUUCUGCGGCUGAGCUCGCCCAGCCUAAGCCUCUUUCCUCCCAGCAGUCGUGCUGCUGCCUGCUUGUGCUGUAAGGUGCAGCUGCCAGCUGGGGAGGGAACCUGCAGCAGCUCUGUCUGACAAGGACAGCAGGCAGCCCGAACAUUGAGAAGCAAUCCAUGUGCGAUCUCAGUUUUCACACGAUCAGUUCUGCACUUUUUAAUCCUUUUCAUAUUCUUUAAAAAAACAAAAUCUCUCCAGAAGUUAACUUGACCAUUUGUAAAAUUUACCAAAGUGAAGAACUGUCAAAGCCCAAUUGGUCAUUAAAUGGAAAGAACCCUAGUUUACUGACCAUAAAACAGUCCAUGUUAAAAUACUUUAAAAACAGAAAUUCUGGUGUUUAAAAGACAGGAGCCAGUCAAGUAAAGUCAAAUGCUGUCAGCUCCUCAGUCCUUCCCAUGAGUCUCUGGUGCCUGAGAAUGUGGGAUAGCCUCUAGGGGCUCUGUAGUUUAUAUCUGAUCCAAUCCUGAUCCAUGUGACAUGUUUGUCUCUCUUCAUUACAAAUACAAGUUAGUUGAGAUCAUGUGCUCCUUAAGUUACUGGGGACAAAUGGCCUACACAUCUCUUAGAAGUGGGCCAGAGUGUGGACUCUCACGACCCUCCCCCUCCCCCUCCUUUUCCUCCUCUUCCUUCCCGCCUCACCCUAAGCAUCUCUCAUUUUUUUGUGAUAUGUGAAUAGUUGGUUCUUCCAGGCACUUAAGAUCUUUAAUUUGCAUUUUUGUAUUUCACAAAGUUGAAGUGUCCCAUUGUUUUAACUAUCUUUCCAUUUUCUAUUACCUGACAUUUGUUUGCUGAUUUCAGUUUCCUGGCUCCAUGAUAUCAUCGUUUGCCAGGGAACCCCACUUGUGGCUCGACUUUCCAGGCACUUGUUUUCCCUUGGUGUGGAUGAGCCGUCAGAGCAGGUUCCCUAACCAUUUCAUAGCCACCCUUGGUGUCGAUGAGCCGUCAAAGCAGAUUUCAUAACCAUUUCAUAGCCACCCUUGCCAGCUUACAACUUUCCCCUUCUUUCUCCUGGAUUCUCUCGUUUACACGUAGACUCUGCCUCAUUCACCAGCUUUGGAGGUUUUGGAGAAAAUAACUCUAUACAGAAUCAGAUUGGUCCUCAUGUAGAUGUAGUAACAUGUUGACAGCCAGAUUUGGGGAAUUGAGCUGUCAUCAGGCUAAAUCUCAGCUUCAUGAAGAAAAACUUAGCCCAGCACUUCAAAGCCUGAAAAAAAAUUAAACCUGCCUCUUUAUCUGAUGUUCCAAAUUUCAGAAGAAAAGUGGGAAACCCUGGGCUCACAUGGGUUAUCUCAGCACCCCACCAUCACUUGCUAUUGCAGAGAAAGAUGUGCUGUUCUUCUGGCUCCCAAGGUGUGGGGUGUUUCCUUUGUCUUAAAUUCAGCCUCAGAAGCAGAAAAACAAUAAGCAAAGCAUCUCAUGGACUUGUGUUGAGACACACCCACAUCCUGUCUCACCGAUGGCGUCAUUCUGUCAUAGCCGAAGAGUCCAAAAAGGUAGUCCACCUUCUAGGCAUAACUCAAGGGAAAAAAUUUUUUUUAAUGUUUAAAUAAAGAAAUCUACCUCAGUUGACAGGAUUCCACCUACCCUAGGGUUUCUUCGGCUCUUCAGUCUCACCUGUUAGGUGUCACUGGGCAGCACUCUGCCUGUUUGACUAAGCAAGCUAGCAAGGCACCGCAGAGCAGAAGUGCGUCAGUGUCCUGUGAUGACCUCUUUCUAGCAUGUUGCAGUUUUAUAUUUGUUAAGUUGAUAAGUGAUAAUGAAUGUUGUAUAGGCAAUUGUGUAUGUUUUCAAAAGGACAAUGAAAAUGUAAAAUGUAGCUUCCAUACUUGUGCAUAAUUCCAAAGUACCUUAUUUUACCAGUGUUAAAUAGCUUUUGUACAGCUUCAGCCCAUUUUCCAGGUGUGCUGUUUCAUACGGGAAGUAACUCACGUUCUCACAUCUCAUGGAGCUGCGUUUACACAUCGCAACUUUUUAACUUACCACGUUUUUCAAAAUUAACAUUUUUGGAGGGAGGAAAUUCCCCACUUGCUAAAUGAUACUAAACUGUUGUCUGGGCUCUUAAAAAUCAGGUCUUUGGAUUUUAUAAAGUAGUCUGUAGCUUUUUAGGUUCUUCGUUAGUUGGAUGUAUAUAGAGACUAUAAAACAACUCUUGAAUUCUUUUAAGCAUCUGAAGUUCUCCAUUGAUGCACAUUCGGGUAUUGUGUUCACGCAGACUUCCAUCAUCAAAUUGAAAAGGUCCACAGCUUCUCUUACUUAAUGUGAACCCUUUGUUUUUAUCGUGCUUGGUGGAGAGGAAUACACUUCUUACCUAAAUCCAGAAGCCCCCUUUGAAUGUUAAUUUUUUUAAAUGUUAAAAUUUGGUGAACGUCUGAAACAUGUAUUUGCAUUAUUUUUAAAUUUCAGUGUUUUAAAAGGAGACCAUUCUGGGGUGAGUUAUUAUUGAUGUUUCAUUAAGAGAAAUUGAUAGGACUGUUUUUUAAGUCAGUUGAGUGGAUACAACUGUCAGUGUGUGGAAACUUUUUCCUAAAACAACAUUCAUGUAUUAUUUUGAUCCAUUUUCUGUGACAUUUGGUGCAAUAAACUUUUGAAUUUAUCUUGCUUAUUUUCCUGAUGCUGCAUGAUUUGCUUAUUGCAUUUAAUCAAAUACAGGAUCUUUCAGUAACGUAUGGUGAACCAAGGUCACUGAAUCUGUCAGUACUCUGGAAGUGCAGGGAGAUUUUGAUUAGGACCCUGCUGAGUGAGACCACUGGCCCUAGCACACUGAUGCCCUUUGGGCCAGGGAUGUCAGAAGACACAUCCUGGAGUCCAUGGGAAUGCCCCAGAGCCAGUCUGUGUGACCUUUAAUUGCCCUACCUGACAUUCACCGGCAUAAUAAAUCUCUUUUUAACGAUCUAA